AUGACAGGUAAAAUAUUCGGUGGUUUCAUCGCUGCUAAGUUUAAUAAGUUAUUAUGGAGAGAAUCAUUAGCAGUAGGGGUAUUAAUGUCAUGUAAGGGUAUUGUUGAGAUUGUUGUUUUAACCACUGGUUUAAAUGCGGGAAUUAUUUCUCAAAAGGUAUUUUCCAUGUUUAUUGUCAUGGCUGUUGUUACUACAUUUGCUACUACUCCAUUAACAUUAUUGGUAUAUCCGAUUUCAUAUCGUGAAAAGAGAGAUAAAUUCAUUAAAGGUGAAAUCAAAUGGGAUGGAACUCCUAUUCAUCAAAAAGCAAGCGAGGAUGAUGAUUUAUCUACUUCACUUAUGAAUGUGGAUCAAACUCAUCCAAAAACUUUAUCACAAUAUAGUGUUGAUGGAUUAUCGAAGUAUAAAAUCACUAAAUUUGUUUUAUAUAAUAUUUUUAUUUUAUAA